UCACCACCACCACGUACCUUUCCCUUUUUUGGGCAGGGGAGAAGCUGUCAGGUUGCUGCAGCCUGACCUCUCUCCCCAGCCCUUCGCGUUUUUGUCCCUCUUCUGCCUUCUGCUUCUCAUACAGACUACUAGCUGAAGGCUACACUUUUUCCCUACCUCUUUCCACGCGCGCUGGCUUCUAAGAAGCCUCAUCCUGUUCUAUGAGGAACUCGGGAGAGAGUGAUUUUUUUAUAGGGAGAAUUGUAGGCCGGGGAAAGCUGCCCCGCGGGCCGUAAGGACCCGCGGGUGUAUCUUUGGUCUGUUGCACUCUGGAGGUGCUUCCCUCCUCCCUUUCCCAUUUUUCCUUUUCCUUAUCCUAUGAGAGUUCUGCUUGUCUAAGACCAAAUCUUUUUCAUCCUCUGUUCAAAUCCACAACCUGAGGUAUUGGCGCUAUCCUUUUUUUCUCAUUUUCUUCCGUUGAGCAUAAACUUAAAUCGUCUCAGAAGGACAAGGUCCGCCAGUUUAUGGCAGUUACCCAAGCUGGUGAAAGGACUGCUAUAUACUGUUUAAUGCAGAAUGAGUGGAAACUAGAAGUGGCAACAGACAACUACUUCCAGAAUCCAGACUUGUACUACAAAGAAUCCAUGAAAAUUUCAAUAGACAGAAAGAAAUUAGAACAAUUGUAUAACAGGUACAAAGACCCACAAGAUGAGAAUAAAAUUGGCAUUGAUGGGAUUCAACAGUUUUGUGAUGAUUUAAGCUUGGACCCUGCUAGUAUCAGCGUUUUAGUCAUAGCAUGGAAAUUCAAGGCAGCCACUCAGUGUGAAUUCAGCAAAAAGGAAUUUGUAGAUGGCAUGACAGAACUGGGGUGUGAUACCACAGACAAGCUAAAAGCUCUUUUGUCAAGACUGGAACAAGAAUUAAAGGAUCCAAUGAAGUUUAAAGAUUUUUAUCAGUUUACCUUUAACUUUGCUAAAAACCCUGGACAAAAAGGUUUAGAUCUAGAAAUGGCAAUUGCAUAUUGGAAUUUAGUCUUAUCAGGAAGAUUUAAAUUUCUAGAUCUUUGGAAUAAAUUUUUAUUGGAACAUCAUAAAAGAUCAAUCCCCAAAGAUACAUGGAAUCUUCUUUUAGACUUUGGAAAUAUGAUUGCAGAUGAUAUGUCAAACUAUGACGAAGAAGGAGCAUGGCCUGUUCUAAUAGAUGAUUUUGUGGAAUAUGCACGACCAGUAGUCACAGGAGGAAAACGUAAAGCUUCCUAACCAUAGACUUUUCUCAGUGGACUUAAUUUUGCAGUCUGAACUGCAUCAGGAAAUGAAGACAUUUUGGCCAAUAACUGUGCACACCGUCAUUGGUUUCAAUAGUUAUGGUGAGGUGUUACUGACAAAAUGGAAAUCACUACUUCUGCUACAAGAAAAUGAUGGCUGACUCAUGGACACUGCAAGAAAAGAAAGAUAGCCCAGACUGUUUGUAGGAUAUUGGCUUCAAUUAUUGUACUGGUUGUAUCAUAUAGGAUGUAGAUUUUGCAUGAUUUUAUACUUUGGAGAAGUUUAACUAGAGGCCAUUUUAGUAAAGUUUUGACAGCGCAGCAUGCCAUUCAGUUCAUAACCCAGGGUGAACACCAGCAGUUACAUAACUACAACUGUAUUAUAUUGUACUUAUAUUAAAAGCAGUAUUUGUGGUAUAUAAAUUAAAUCCCUAAAUAAAA